CCAUCGUCAACUUCUUGCCGCCCCUCACCUGCGACUCACCGCAGGUGCCAUCUCCCCCGCAAUCGACAUCAUUUUUGCGAGCGACUCGUCUAAUCCAGCAUGAGCUCCAGCUGCAUGGCCUGCGCUGUCUUGUCCAUAUUUACGCGGUAACUUUCACGAAGCUGCCCACGCGCGCGUCCGUGCGUUCAUCCUCCUCCGCAUCGUGUAUAGCAGCAAGAGAUUCCAGAGAGCACAUGCCUUCCCUAGUCAUCGGCGCCGAUACAACAUCGAUGCAGGUCGCAACGCCUCGUGGAAAGCACGCCGGGCCGGCGGCGGUCGUCGCCCAUACAGCCAAGAACAUACGGCCCAUACUCAAGACGUCAGCACAAGUUCUCGGCAAGCGGCGAAUGAGCGACGAUGAAGACACGAUGGACGAGCUCAACACAGAUGCCCUGAGUGGCGCCCGCAAGCGCCAGAAGGUCGAGUUUGACCUGAAUAAUAUCGAAGUGCACGAGAUCGGAGUACGGACCGUCGACGAGAUAAAAACUGAAAUCAGAAAGGCCCUUGAGGGCCACGAGCGGGGCGAUGACGAAGAAUAUGAUAUCCUCAAGGACACUCUAUCGGGCAAGCAGGUCCUACGGCACGACGACAUCGAGGACGGGGACCCCUCUAUACCUGAGAAACGACGACAGGAGCUCAAGAUCUAUCUCGUCGCCCUUGCCAGUUUCGCCCCCCAGCUAGGCCGGUCGAGCUCGGGGCUCGUCAAAAGCGUCCUGCAAUGCGAGUGGCUUGGCAGAGACGACCAGUUCGCCAAGAUCUAUGUGCAGUUCCUCGCGGCUCUCGUUUCCGCGCAGGGUUCAUGUCUGAACCCCGUCCUGACCAUGAUCGUCGACAAGUUCUCCGCCGCGCGAGUAUCAGACUGGAGUGUGCCAAACUUCCCACCGGUCAACAAGCAGCUCGUCCAGCGCAGACUUCACCUCGCUCUGCAGUAUCUCCUGUCUGUCUUCCCCGCUGCGAAGACGGUCCUAGGCCACGUCGUUGCACAGAAGUAUCCCUUCCACGAUGACUCGAAACGCAUGCAUCUAGCCUAUGUGGACAACAUGCUCCGCCUUCGGGAGUAUGCACCCAGUCUCAAGAACGAGAUCAUGGACCUGAUCGUUAGUCGCCUGGUCAAGAUCGAUGUCGAAAUGCAGAUGGAUCUGGAAGAUAUGGACGACAGAGUAACUGCCAUGGUCGCCAUGGCGCUAAAGUCGUCACAAGAGAACAACCUUGAGGAUGCCGACGACGAUGAUGAUAGCGAUGCGGAGUCGGUCGACAGUGAGGAGUCCGAGGAAGACAACGAGUAUGCGAGGGUGAAGACAGCCAAAGAGAGUAUCGAGAAGAUGGACUACAUCCUCGAUGCCCUGUUCCGCUUGUACACGCCACACUUUGCCGACCCGGAUUCGGACGACGCGAUGGACGUCUUUACAGAUCUCCUUGGCGAGUUUUCGCACAUCAUUUUGCCAAACCUCAAGUCCCGGCACACGCAGUUUCUCAUCUUCCACUUUGGCCAGCAGUCUGAGCAGCUCAUGGAUGCGUUCUGUGGCACUUGCAUCAAUAUCGCGUUUGAGUCAUCGCGACCACCAGUCCUGCAGCAGGCCGCAUCAGCAUAUCUGGCUAGUUUUGUCGCUCGCGGGGCUCACGUACCUGGGCACAUUGUGGUCAAGAUUUUCGAAGUUCUCGGGUUUCACCUCGACCAGAUGCGCACCAACUACGAGGCAACAUGCCGCGGCCCGGACGUCCGACGAUAUGCCCCGUUCUACUCUCUGAUGCAGGCACUCAUGUACAUCUACUGCUUCAGAUGGCAGGACCUUGUUCGGUCUGUACCCGAGGACGUUGACAGGGAUGACCUAGCCAGCUACCUGGAUCAAGACCUCGAAUGGGAACCUGAGAUCAGGGAGGUGUUGCGACGGAACAUCUACUCAAAGCUCAACCCGCUCAAGGUCUGCUCUCCAGCCAUUGUGGAACAGUUUGCGAAGCUAGCCCACCGGUUCCGUUUCCUCUACGUCUAUCCGCUACUCGAAUCGAACAAACGAGUCCGCCUUUCACAGUUUUCUGCGGGUGCUUACUCCAGUGGGAACGCUCUACGUGAUCUCGCAUUCGACCUGAAUGACGAGAGCUGGCAACAGCUCGACUCGUAUUUUCCUUUCGACCCGUACCAGUUACCAGUGAGCAAGCAUUGGGUGGAAGGCGACUAUCUGCCAUGGAGGAGUAUCACAGGUCUCGACGAUGACGAUGACGACGACGACGACGACGUAGACAGCGAUAAUGAAGACGAUCUGGACGAAGAGAACGGAAUUGAGGAGGACACGGCAACAGAUGACGAGGAAGGUGUGGACAACUAAGUGUAGCAUGGAUUCGGCGGGCGCGCACUUGUGAUUUCUUUGCUCUUUUGAUUUCCCUCCUGCAAGGCGUUACGGGCGUUGAUGGUGUGGGGAAAAGUCGGCGGGCACAUGAUUGCGGCAUAACGACCCUGCCCUGUUGUGUUGGCUAUUGUUUUCUGUUUGCGGUAGCCUAUUUGAGGCUUCAUGUACAAGAGCACUCGGCUACAUGUAGUGGGAUUGCGAGUCAAGAGCAUUGUCUUGCGGUCAUUGGCCUUACAGGCCAUUUCAGCAUAGCGGAAGGUUGCAUUUGCUGCAAAUGCAUGUCUUAGUCAGUACCAUAAAGAAUCAGAGACUCAAAUUACACGG